AAAGAACAAAUCCACCCCAUGCUGCAAUCGCGUUAAAUGUCGAUAUCACAAAUUCCAAUACAAUAUUUUGUACCCAACUUUUUUAUCUGAAAUAUAUCAAAAAAGUACAACAAUUUUCAUAUAAGCUUGUAGUAUAUGAGUAGUUAGUGUAGUUCGACCAAAAGUGAUGUUUAGUGAACAUAUUCAGCGUUUUUUUGAGUGCUGUACGUAAACAUUGACGUUUCGAUCAUUUGAAUUUAACAACAGGAGAGAUAAAACGAGGGAACCAGAUAGGGUGAUGACUGAACAGGAUGUGGACGAUGUCGCAUUUCUUACAGGUACAAACCAUAGAGUCACAGCUCCCAUCAGUCACUCCAUAUGCCAGUCUUCACCACUCAUUCAUAAUCGUGACUCAGGUGGUGUUGUAGGCAAUGAGAGCAACUCCAACCAAGCGAAAAAGAGCCUAUACGAAAAUCAUGGUGUCGCAGCUUGUUCACACAACAAGGCACUUUGCAUUGCCACAAUCGUGUUUGCGUUCCUGUUCACUCUUGCUGUUAUUAUUGCCUUUACUGGACCUCAGUCUGACUGUCCCUGCGCAGGCGAUAUUAAAUCAAGUUAUGUGGACGAAAAAACCAACAUGACAAAAACGUUUGAACCUAGAGCUACAAAUGGACAGAUCUUCCCUUGGAACAAUAUACGGCUUCCUACCUCCCUGAAACCACAUCGCUAUAAUUUAACCAUUCAUCCAAACUUAACUACCCUUGAAGUUAGAAGUCAGGUCUCUAUCGAAUUUCAAGCAGAAAAAGAUACUAAUUUCAUGGUACUUCACUGUAAAAAUCUUACUAUCCUAGAUAAAAUUAUUCAAGAUCGUCAUGGUAACAAUUUAACAAUUAUCAAAAUGUUGGAAUAUAUAGGAGGACAGCAGUUGUACAUAGAAAUCCGAGAAAAAUUUAGAAAGCGACAUAAUUACGUUUUGAGGAUCCGGUACAAUUUUAAACUGAAUACAGAUUCUGAGGGUUUUUAUAUUUCCAGUUAUACUACUAAAAAUGGAGAGAAGAGAUAUUUGGCAACUACACAUUUUGAACCAACCUUUGCUAGAACUGCCUUCCCAUGUUUCGACGAACCCCAGUUAAAAGCUAAGUUUAGACUAACCGUAUUUAGAGAUAGAUUUCAUAUAAGUCUUUUUAAUACUCCAAUUGUUAAAACAGAUGUCUUGGGAUUUUAUAUGGGAACAGGGCUGCUCUACGAUGAAUUUCUAGAAACUAAUGAAAUAAGUACAUAUUUAGUAGCAUUUGUGAUAUGCGACUUCAGUCAACAAAAUAAGCAAACAGAAAGUGGUGUAUCUGUUUCGAUUUACACUCCCGAGCCUUUCAUAUCUCGUGCGCCAUUUACUCUAGAUACAGCAUCUUUUUUCCUUGAUUAUUAUGAAAAUUUUUUUGGAAUUGCUUUUCCUCUUCCAAAAUUAGAUAUAGUUGCUCUUCCAGAAUUCGAUUAUGGCGCAAUGGAAAAUUGGGGACUUAUAACUUAUAGAGAGACUGCUAUUUUUUCUAAUACAAGGGAUAAUGAAACCUUUAUAACUGCUCAUCAAUGGUUAAUCACUAACAUUGCACAUGAACUAGCACACCAAUGGUUUGGUAAUUUAGUUACUAUGAAAUGGUGGAAUGAUUAUUGGUUGAGUGAAGGCUUUACAACUUUAUUUGAAUACCAAGGAGUUGAUAAGUACAUACCCGAGUGGAGAAUGAUGGAACAAUUUAUUAUAGAUAAAACUCAACCUGCCCUAGCAUUAGAUGCACUAGCAUGUAGUCAUCCUGUUAUCGCAAAUGUGACCGAUCCGUCUGAAAUAGAUGCUAUUUUUGAUACUAUUUCUCUUAGUAAAGGUACUGCAAUUUUGUAUAUGCUGGCAAAUUUUUUACAAAAUGAAAAUUUAGAAAAUGGCCUUAAUGACUACCUAAGUACAUAUAAAUACCAAAAUGCUGAAAUGAAGGACCUUUGGAAUGUCUUAGGGAAAAACACCAAUCAAUCGCUGGACAUAAAAACUAUAAUGGAUACAUGGACAAAUCAGAUGGGAUUUCCAUUGGUAAUUAUCAAGCGUGAAAACCAUACAAUCAUAGCUUCUCAGAGGAGGUUUUUGGUUACAGUUGAACGAGGAAACACAACUUACCAUACACUGCCAAUAUCUGGUUACAAUUAUAAAUGGCAUAUCCCUUUAACUUAUUACACUGAUAAUAACAGUGAAAUAAAACAUGUUUUGAUGAAUAUGACUGAAGCAAAAUUUGAAGUAGAUGAUAUAAAAUGGAUAAAAGCCAAUGUCAACCAAACAGGUUUUUAUAGAGUUACCUACGAUGAUGACAUAUGGGCAGCCUUGAUAUCAACGUUAAAAACAGACCACAAAGCUUUUUCUGCCGCUGAUAGAGCCAGUUUGAUAGAUGAUGCUUUUUCACUGUCCAGGGCCGGUGUGUUGAAUGUAAGUGUAGCAUUAGAAUUAUCCCUUUAUUUGAAAAAUGAAAGAGAGUAUGCUCCAUGGGCUACUGCUAUUGAACAUUUGAAGUCAUGGGCAAGGAGACUGUCAGAAUCGUUGGCCUACAAAGCGUUUUUGAAGUAUAUGAGGACGUUAUUGACCCCUGUUACAAAAUUUAUAGGAUGGAACAAAAAUAAAUCUCAUAUGGAAAAACUUUUAAGAGCACGAGUUCUCUCAGCUGCAAUACUCUGUGAACUUAAUGAAACCAUAUCUGUUGCAAAAACUCAAUUCCAAAACUGGAUGAUUCAAAAUAAAUCAAUUGAUCCAAAUUUGAAGGAAAUUAUAUACUCAGCCGGUGUCAAAUAUGGUGGUAUAAAUGAGUGGCAGUAUUGCUGGAAUUACUACAAAAACUCUACCUCGGCAAAUGAAAAACAAAUAUUAUUAAAGGCUUUAGGGGUAGCGUUGGAUCCUUGGCUACUACAAAGAUAUUUAAUAGAAACACUGGACACCAGUGUGGUGAAACCAGAAGAUGUAAAACUAGUGUUGGAAGUAGUUGCAGCGAAUCCAGAGGGUCGUUUACUUGCAUGGAGACAUCUAAAAGCGUACUGGCCUACCAUGCAUUCUCUUUAUGGAAAUAGUACAAUAUUAAUGGGAAAUCUCAUAUCAGCUGUUACAGCACAUUUGUCUACCCCAUAUGAUUUAUACGAGGUAUCUACAUAUUUUAAUGGGAUGGACGUCGGAUCAGCUUCAAGAGCAUUAGAACAGAGUUUGGAAAUAAUUCAGUUAAAUAUUAACUGGGUAUCCCAAAACGCAGAGGAAGUGAAUAACUGGCUUCGUAAAAACAUGAAAUAGAAUAGUAAAUGUUAAAACAAAUUCAGAACAUUUUGCACUAUUCUGCAUGUGUUUCUCUAUUUAUUGGAUUUACUAGUAAAGCUGAGACUCCACUGAGUAAAGACUUUGGCACCAUAUUCGUUAUGUAGUUUUAUGUUCGUCUAGUACUAAUGCAAGUUCCUUUAACUCAGCUACAAUCAGUAUGAUAUACUCUGUGAUAAAUUUCCUAUUUUUACAUAUCCACAAUAAUCUCACAAAAUAACUGUUUCUUGUGUUUGACGAAGUAUAUAUACCAUACAUUGAUAAAAAUAAUGAGAAGAAUAAUAACAUACACAUUUUGUAAUAAUCAUUAACAACAACGAUAGUUUAGUAUAAAUAUGGAACUAACAAUGAAACUUAAAAAUAAAUAUAUUUCUAUUUCUUCAUUUUUAUUGGAGGUAAGUAUAUAUUAUAUUACAUUAACUUUAAAUAGUAGUAGAUUUCCCAUUUAUUGUUCUUUUUUACAGAUAAUGUUAGUGCAGUAUAAAAGUUUUAUACAUAAAAUCAGAAAUGACCAAAAUUCUUUAUCAAAAUGUAUGAAAAUCGAUAUUUUGCUAUUAAAACUCAAACGAUGGUACAGAAUAUUAGUAAAUAAGAACAUAUUUAAUUCCAAUCCUAUUAACUUCGAUCAAAACUGGAACAGUUAUUGUUCCUGAUACACUUUCUAAUACAAUAGAUUGUUAAAUAAAAUUUAACCUUGUAAUAUGUUGAUAUUGGUAACUUGUUAUCGUUAUGUACAAAUAGUUUUAACGUGGCUUUCUUUUAUUAUUGUACGUGUAUGUGUAUUAAGUUUACUCCUGUACAUACUAGCCUGUUUUAUUCCAUGGUGUGUUUGUCUACAACUUGUCUAAAUAUUCUCCUAUAAUAAUCUUAGCCAAAGUCUUCGACUAGUCUACACUUUUUUUAUAAAAUCAAACUUGGAGCAAAAAAUAUAUGGAGAGAUGAAGCUUUCACUAAAAAAUUUUUUCAAUGUAAAAGUUUAUUCAAUCUUGGGAUUAAACAUAAGGUUCGUUCCAACUCAUCAAUGAACCAUCCUUGGUACGGUGACGAUUCUGCGAAAUAGAGAUUACGCGUUCCAACAGGGCAGUCACCGUUAUAGGAACGAUUCAGUUUUGUGUCCCAAAUAAAACAAAUUAGAAAAUAAAAAAAAAUACUCAUAGAAUUACUUGCAUCUUUUCUCCAUAUUUGGUUUAAUGUGAAUUUCUUUAAAAACACGAGAAAAAAAAGUGAAAUACUGACGUCCAAAAUAAAAUUGGUAAUCAUUAUAUCAGUCCAAUAAAAAUUAAAACACGAGAAUUAAUUAUCUGUAUGUGCCGAUUUUACUACUACCAACACCCCUGGGUGAGAUUUUCUACUGUGGCGCUUCCAACUGCAAUUUAAUCCAACGGUAAUAAAAGACAAAGACAAAGUGAGGGUGUUUCUAGAGGUGAAGAACUUGAAUUUGGCAACACUGAUAUGUGCAACAAUGUUAUCAUAAUGGAGCUCUAUAGGUUAUUAAUUCGAAUAAGUGUUCAUCGUGUUAAAAUAUAUCGACCAUAUGCAUCCCAUGAAAUAAAGUGCGCACAUAACAAUGCUUGUUGCUAUUCAGCGCUCAGCAACAUGCGAACUUGUGUCUAUCCACAUCAUGGAAUUAUCUGAGUUUGCAUGUAUAUUCAAUUUUAAACAUUCUGUUUUCUGAUGAAACACACUUUUGGUUAAAUGGUUAUGUUAAUAACUAGGAUUUAUAGCGAUAAGAAUCCGCGAGCUAAUGUCAAAACACCAUUACACCCAGAAAAACCGACACUUUUGUGUGGUUUACGGUCCAGUACUAUAAUUGGCCCUUAUGCAAUUGCUAACAGUCAAAACAUUGCACUGAAUGGUGAGUGAUACGGAGAUAUUUUUUGCCGCUGAUGGAAAGCAUCGAUGUCGAAGAGGUGAACUUUCGCAAGAUGGCGCAACAUAACACACAGCCGGCCAAACAAUUAAUUUACGUUUGAUUAACCAUCAAUUUCACAAAAUGCACUUAUUAAUUAGACAUUUCGUUCAUGCGACAUGACACCAUUAGAUUAUUUUCUUUCGGGAUUUUAAAGUCACAUGCCUACUCGGGUAAAUCAAAUCAACAUUAGACACAUGUUUGCCAAAAUGUAGCCUGUGGUACUGCAAAGUAUGUAUGACAACGGGAAUACUAGAAAUCUCCAUGUACGCCAUAGUUUUAGGAGCCACAUGUCCGAAAACAUAAUCAAGUGUUAAUUAUCUUCGAAAUCACAAAAGAAAUCGAUAAUGUCUUUAAUUUCAAUUUAAAGUUCUCCACCUUCAAAUAAACACUUUGCAAUUUUUAGUUGACUAAAUUUUUCAAUUUAGAUUGAGUUGUUAGUAAUCGCAGAUAUGUUUAUAUUAGCUUAAGCUUAGAAACACUCUUACAAGCAACCAUUACAGGUAUAAUCGUCCAUGAUAUCCAUAAUGGUAUUUGGAUAUAGUUUUUAUAAAUUGCCAUCUUUGAUAUGAUGUGAAAUAUAAACAGGUGUUGUAUUGUGAUCAGACGAAGAAGAUCUCAGAUUUAUUUCUUAAGUUUAUAAUACUAGAUAUAAAUACAUUUUUCUGUGGAAUUUGUAGGUUCAUUACGGGCAGUUUCACCCGUUUAUUACUUAACUGAAUUAUUGUUGUGACUGUAACUACAGUUUCAAUUUCAUAUUUUCAGUUAAUUCUUUCGCAGUUAAAAUAACAUGUAAUUCUAUAUUCUUAUAGAAAAUGCAGCACUUCUCCAACAUUUACUCGCCUAGAUCCGUAUCCCUUGAUGUACCACCAGGUUAAUAAUAUAUAAAACGAAACAACAAAAUUAUAAAGCUGAAAUCUUUUAUCUGUUAUAGUAGUUUGUGUAUGACCUUAUUAUUUCGAUCAGUUUCCGAACGACAAUGAACGUGAUCCGGGUUUCUUUCCAAAAAUUCUGAUUAUGAUUUGAUUACCCAAUCAUAACGUUUAAAAAGCCCUAAAAUUAACAACAUAACGUUGACUCGGUCAAACUUCUAGUUCAGUAGUUAUUUCAAAGUUGGUUAUAACUUUCCUUUCAAUGUACAAUAUUCAACUUAUACAACCUGAUAUAAAUUAUCUCCAGGUUUAAUUUGUUUUGGCAAAUAUUUUGCUAAUUUUGAAAUUUUUACUUUACUCAAUUUGUCUUCUGUUUCUUUCCACAUAUCAUCUAGCUUGAAUGUAACGUUCAGAAAGCUACAUGCUUCUUUAUCAGGAUCCAUAUUUUUCCUAUUGUGCUCAGUUUCGGAUGAUAAGGUAGCAAACACAAUGUUAGCAUGUCAUUAUCUGUCAAAAUUUUGUGAAUAAGGUAUCUUUUGUAUGUGUAUAAUUCUGUUUUAUUAUCAAUUCUAUUAGAAAAAAGUUUCUCUCUGUUCUCAAGUAUUCAAUCCGUUUUGCUUUGCUAUCAUAUUUUUCCGUAAACAUUUCGCUGUUAGCUUCAAUUCAAUACCUUUUGAUUCCCAUUUUUUUCAUUAAUUUUCUAAAUUAAUUUGUUUCUGUCGGUGAUAUUAAUUUCUGUUUCCUCUUUAAAGUUAUGGAAUAUUAUUAUACGAGUAUCUUAAUAAUUGAUACAGUAAAAAGAGUGAUAGAUAGAUAUAAUAAAGUAUUUCAGCUCAUUAAUAUAACGAACCUUCAAUUAAUCUCGAGGAAUAAUAACGGAAACUUUCGCGUUUUUAUUAAAAUAAAUAAAUAGUUUAAGAUGCGUGAAAUUUAAGUUUUCAAGUCUGUUUCGGAAAUUAUUAACUUAAACAAAUAUAUUAAAUUGGCGUUUUAAUUUGAAAUUAUGUUUUUAUAACAGUAAAAAUGAUUUACUACAAACUUGAACCGUGCUUGACGCCAAUAUGAUUAAUCACUAUCAUAAAAUCCACUCUACACACUGUAACAGCAUUUGCUGUUACCUUAACUGUAUUUAUGUAACCUAUUUAUGUAAGUAUUUAUGAAACAGUUUCCUUUCCUACUUUCAGGAUACUGAAUCUACACAAUAAUUACGAAAAAGUCAGAAGUACCUAUAUUUAGAUACUCAAUGAAUCCCAAGCUGUUCCAUACAGACUUGUAUGCUAACAAUAAGAAAUGACAUGAGAUUACCAUUACCACUUCUCCACAGAAAAUUAUCAAUAUUUUAUGGUAUUAAAAAUAUUUACAUGAUACAACACUGUAUAGUAGUCAUAUAAUAGUUUUUGUCAGUUUCCAAGAAAGCUAAUUACUUUUACAGGUGUAAAAAUAAAAGACAGAAGUAUGGGACUCGUCACAACAAACUAUGAAAAUAGAAAUUUCGAUAUAUUAUUUCAAUUCUAGCUAUUCUCGAUCAAUAAAAUUUCUUUGUAAGUGAUUUUAUACCCAAAGCGAUUUUUCUUACAAAAUAAAAACAUGAACGAAUUUGUUCGCAAACAAAUAAAAAUUUGUAUUCCUAUAUUUCACUGUAGUAACGUAAUCAGUAAAAUAUAUAGCUAAAAUAGAUUACUAGGAUGGAAAGAAAUAUCAGUGUUGUCGGAAUAUUCUUAAAUAUGUAGAAAAUUUCGUCUCAAAAUGUAUCUAGUUGUAUAGAUGUUAGUUUGCGAUAUUCUAACAAAGGCUGCAAUUACUAAAUAACCUAUUCAUUCUUAAAUCUCCAUUAUAUAUAUAUAUAUAUAAAUAUAUAUAUAUAUAUAUAUAUAUAUA